AUGACAAUUGCACCGAGCUGUGGCUGCAAGAGAAGAACGGUAUUGUAUCAGAUAGACAGUGACAGUAGCAGCACUUUCUGCAGGCAUUGCUUCUUGGACUUGUUUGGUCGGCAUCCGUCUCCUUCUUUCCUCCUGCCUCCUCGAAAGCAUGAGCGAAUUGGCGGAAGCCGAUCACUGGAGAUCCCAGACGAUAGGCCGUGGCAGUUCCCGGACGGGUCGUUGUGCCCAAAGUUGUCGGCAGAGUGCCCGGCAUCCACCUCUGUGGAAACUCUAGUCGCACGCAUUGAAACAGAGAUCAGCUCACCUUUGUGUCAAGCUGAGCAGUUGGCCGACUUGAUCUGUUUAGCUGGAGAGUGUGUUGCAUGGUUACAUGCGGAGACCAUGGUGGUGUUGUCUGAGAGCUUGGUCUCAAAGACGCUGACGUUGCAAAGCGAAGCUCGCAAAGCAGAUGAGCCUCACAAGUCUGUCUUUGCAAAGAACCUCUUGCGCACAUUUCUUCGAAGCUUGGCCAAACAUGCACAACCUUGUCAUGGAUCUGACUAUGUUUCCUUGGCAGGUGAACUGCAAUUAGUUGGCUUAGCGCAUGGUGACUUUGCUUUGCGUAUCCGCGCUGAAGAAGCAGCAGAGGCUAUCCGAGUGGCCAAUGACUUGCACGUGGCAGCAGAUCUCUUCUGGGUGUACCUGACAGCCAAAGCUCCAGAAAAGCAAGUCCUUGAAUCCCUGGAAUCCAUAAAAAUCCCAGAGAAGGCUUCACAAGAUGCUAUGGCGGCAAUUUUGUGUGGUUUGGCGCAGCCUCAAGUUCUUGCUUUCGGUGCUGAUGGCCUUGGAAUUGCAGAACGUUUUGCCAAACACUUGAUCAAAGAAAAAGCGGCAAAUGGUUUGGAACUCCCAGCCCAGACUAUUCCACGACUCGCACUGGCUUUGUCAGACUUAAUACAGUCCGACUCCACACCGAACGCGGUCCUCACAGAGGCCCUUCAGGAGAUUGCAAGCGCUGGGUUGAGAUUGAAACAAAAUCUUGCAGAGGAAGAUCUUGCAGACCUCGCCGUCUCCUUGGCCUUGUCCGGGCAAGGUGGAAGACAUAGUUUGGUGGAAGAACUUGUGGAAGAAACUUUCCGUGAAGCUAGCCCAAAGCUCCAAUUUCUGCCAGGGGCAGCUGUGAAACUAAUCCAGUCAGUUGGUACUGUGCCUGCUGGCACUCAUGGCGUACUAGGCGAAUUUUACUUGUCUAGGGGUCAGUGGCGUGUUUGGUUGGACAAUGGGGCUAUGUUUUGUGUGGAUGUGAGAGAAGAAUCCCUGCAGCUUUUAGACAAUGGCCUUCGACCACACAGCUGCUGCUAUAAAUGCUGGAGUUUGUCAAGGCUGUGGAAUUCUGAAUCUGGUUUAUGCGAAAAUUGCGCACCUCCUGGCAGCGUCAUGACCUCCAUUGGCUUGGCGCCAAUACCAGGGCUUCAUGAUCUCUCUGAAGGCAGCUUUUCUGCCCGAAGUGCUGCCCGCUUGGCUUCAGCCUUGGUGUUGAGUUCAGAGGGGGUGUCUUUGGCAACUUCGCGCACACGGAAGCUUCUUGGGAAACUGCGUCGAGCAGCAACAGAUCUCCGCAAGCGAACGACCGACGUUCUGCCCUUCAUGGGCCCGAUGGCACUUUCAAUGCCCAACAAUGCUCCGCAGAUUCCUGUUUUCGUUGUGAAUCUGGACCGGAGUCCACAUAGGCUAAAGGAUAUGCGCCACGAAGUUCAGCGGUGUGGUCUGCGUGCACGACGCAUGGCGGCCACCGACGGUCGUCAUCGGGUCGUGCGCCGGAGUCGCGCUCGUCCGUACCUUCGAGACCUGACGAGCUUUGCGCUACGCUGGGAUGAAGCCAGGCCCGCUAUUGGAGUGGCAAUGACUGCAGCGGAGGAGCGCCACUUUGUUGGUUAUGUGGGCUCAUGGUUGUCACACACUCGUGCAGUUCGUCAAGGUCUUGAGGAAGGCUCUCCAUUUGUGGUAGUCCUGGAAGAUGACCAAGUGCUGAAUCCAGACAUGAACUCGGUGAUGGAGGACAUCAUUUCCUGUGCUGGCGAUAUAUUGGACAUUGUCAUUUUGGGCCCGUUGGACUGGAGAUUGCGAAGUUUGCAGUAUGCCCAGCCAAGGAAGAUCAUGCAAUUGAGGCAUCCACUCGACAAAUGUACGACCUCUGCUGAAGAGGAGUACAUUGCUAAAGCGUAUGGUUACAGGCCCAAGUUGCAGCAGGAAAGUUCUUACUUUUUGUACUCCAUCGGUUCUCGAGCUAUGACAGGGGAAGAUGUCCUUUCCACGGGUUGCUGCGGCGUUUGGGGCUACAUGGUGAGUCGGAAAGGCGCGCAGAAGAUGGAGGCCUCAAUGAAGUUCAUGUGGGAGUCCUUCGAUGAUGUGCUACAAGCCGAGUUGCAAGGAGACAACCGCUUUACAAGUUUCCUUGGUCGUCACCGGCUUUGGGCCGUUUGGCCCCCGCUGGUCACGUCUGACGGAAAGUGGCCGUCACAGAAUUCUGGAGAGGAUCUUGAUUUCGGAAAGCAGCACCUCCCAGUCAGCCCUCAUGCUGGAUUCCGCGACCACACCUUGCAGACAGAAGUGGCACAGCUGAUCCUGUGUUCAGACAAUCUGAUCAUGGCCCGCCGUGACAGGCUUCGUCACAUCGCAGCUGCUACUGCCUUGGUUUGGCCUCCAGUGGAGCCCAUUUGGGCCUAUGUGGUCAAUGGCUGGCGAAGGCUUUUCACUCAGCGUGCGGGCGCGGGAGGUGGCUUUGAGCUCCGCACAGAGGCUCAGCACAAGAUGUACAAGGAACGGCGUUUCUUUGACAUUGCCACUGAAGGCUUGACGUGGAGCUGGACUGUGCUGCGCGCUGCAUUCCUGUUUGAUUUGGCACAGCCUUCACCUACAGUUCUGGCCACAAUGCCACCGGAAGGACCGCCUCAACAACUUCCACCUUUGGCUUUGCGAAUUCUUUGGGCUCCAAUGAAGGAUCUUUUGUGGUGUCCAUCAGCUUGGUUUCGAGAUUUGAUGUGCGCCUCACCCGGAUCACACAUCACUUUCCACGGCCGGACGAUGUCUGAUUCUGUGCCUUCUUGGCGCGCAACAGAAUUAAGGCAACAGCUACCGCAGUGUGGGUUCUUCGACAUUUCGGUCGAACUGGAGCCAAAUGGAAGCGCAGGAGGUGGGGCUCCUUUGGUCUUGGUAGCGGGUUUGGAUGCCCACGAUGCCCAGCUGACGCAACUCUUGUCGUUGCUGGAGCUGGAGCUUGCGCAGCAACAUCCAGUGCUGGUGACGGCGAAGCAACUUCAGCCGUUGCUGCGUCUUUGGACCAUGCUCCUUGGAAACAUUGAUGCGCCUACUUGA